AUGAGAGAGGUCACUAUCGCAUACGAGGGUCUGGACAGAGUGGACGGGUCUGCCAGGUUCGGCUUCGGAUCAACACUCUCGCUCAGUUCCGUUUCGGGGCCCAUCGAGGUGCGCCCGACGCUCGAGAACCCAUCUCAGGCGACGCUCGACAUCCAGAUCCGCCCGCUCGCCGCGAUCGCGGGCACCGACUCCAAAGCACUCGCGACGACCCUCAAGUCCAUCUUCUCGCCCGCGCUCCAUCUCGCGCACCACCCGCGCACGCUCGUGCAGAUCGUCGGCCAGGCACUGUGCGGCACACAAAGCGGAAGCGGGCUCGGGAGUGCCGGGCGCGGCUGGAACGCGGGCCUCACCGCAAGCCUCGUCAAUGCGACCACCGCGGCACUGGUGAAUGCGGGCUCGGUGCCCAUGAUGGGCGUCGUGUGCGCGGUCGCCGUGGGCCGCCUCCCGGACGGGACGCUCGUCCUGGACCCCGAGGAGACGGAGCUGUCGCGCUUGGCUGGGAGCGGGUGCUUCGCGUUCCUGUUCUCAGCCGUGCUGGCUGCUGCGCCGUUGGCGGCGUCGGACGUUCCGCAGUGCUCUCUGCUGUGGACGAACUACACCACUGCGGCGCCGUUUGACGUCGCGGAGCUUGCGAAGGCUCGGGAGCUGGCCGAAAAGGGCGCAAGACAGGUCUGGCUGAAGAUGAAGGAGAGCGUCGGGUGGCUGGAAAAUGCAGCCGCGCCGAAGGUCGAGGUCAAGGCCGAACCUGCGAGCGCAAUGGAGGUGGACGACGAGAAGGUGGAAAUAUGA